AUGGCGCUGGUGGCUCUGGCCGCAAGGACGCGACACCGGUUCCCCUCCAGUGACGGCGAGCUCGACCGACGGCAACUGGGUGCGGCGGCGGUGACAGAAUCGGCUUCCUUUGUCUCACGCGCUUCACUGGCUUCCGUCAAUCUCUCUGUCAGCGUCGCUAUACCUUUCUCCUUCGAGCUCAACGGUAGCGAAACUAGCGGCGGCGGCGGUAACGCAUGGCAGCAGCGAGGACGAACAGCCGGCUCUGGUGGCAGUGACGCCCAACGCGCCGUCUCCCUCUUCCCCCUCUUUCUUCCCUCGCGGCUCCCCUCAUUUUCUGAUUCGGACAAUGAUAAAAAGAAUAUUUUGGCCGUUCAAUCACUUCGGAACACAAUCAUGGGGUCAACCCUAAUGGCCACAACUUCCAUUCUCCUCUCCUCUGGGCUAGCCGCCGUAAUAAGCAGCACUUACAGCAUAAAAAAGCCGCUAGAUGACGCCCUCUACGGCGGACACGGAGAAUUUAUGGUGGCGUUGAAAUACGUGACGCUUCUCAUCUUCUUCCUUUUCUCGUUCUUUUGUCACUCGCUGUCGAUCCGAUUCAUCAAUCAAGUCAACAUUCUAAUUAAUACACCACAAGAUGAAAUGUCAUUAGUAACCCCGGAUUAUGUUAAUGAAAUAUUAGAGAAAGGGUUUGUGUUGAACACUGUGGGGAAUAGGAUUUUCUAUGCGGCACUCCCUCUAUUGCUUUGGAUAUUUGGACCUGUUUUGGUGUUCUUGUGUUCUAUUACUAUGAUUCCGGUGCUUUAUAACCUUGACUUUGUGGUCAAUAGUGGAAAAGGAAAGUUGAAUAAUAACCAUGGGACUAGGGAUUUUGCAUGAAUUAAUUAAUUACAUACCAUAAGGAUCAUUAUUGUUGCAUAAAGUUUAAUUAGUGCUUUUUAUUUUGGUGAUUAAUUAGAAGCAUGUGUUUGUGCGUGUCCAUUGUUGUAUCAAGCAAUCUUUAUUAGCAAAGGUUUUGAUUGAGCUUAAAA